AAAAUAUUUUAAUCAAUUAAAAUCCUCAUAAUUCCAUUCCUAUUGGAAGGUGCACUCUGAACUCCAUUUCGAUAAUUUACGAACCUAGGAUUCUUCAAUAAAAUUAACAAUUGCCUCGCUAACAAAUUUGAGUAGAGAAUACGUUUCCCCGGUAACAUCAAACUGUCUCACCCCAUACAUUUUUUAUUAUUUUACUAUCAUUAUAACUUUGGGCACGCACAUUGAAAUGUGAAUUUUAAACAAAAGUUAUUAUUAGUGUCGCCGUUCUGUUUCAUUUACAUAUCUCGUUGUUUCCCCUAGAUACGAUACAAACAUACGAGCAGUCCAAUUGUGACGCCGUUCCAAACCAUCUUAUCGAUUCCAGGUGUUCUGGUUUCAAUCUAGUCGAGUAUGACACACUUUUCUUCUGUCAAAUGAUUAAUUAAUCGGUGAAUGCCAUAAAAUACGUGUAUGUCUACCAAAAAGGAUGUCAAGUCGCCGAUUGCUAGUGUGUCUAAAAAGAAAGCCUCCACAACAACGAAGUCAACUAGUCGAAAACGAGAUGACAGUAAAGAUAGGACAGUUACUGAGAAAACGGAAGUGUCGAUAAAACAAUCUAGAGUGUCCAAAAAUGAAAAAAAAACAGAUAUAAAAUCCACAUCACGUGCAAGUGCAAUUAAACUCACACACCCAUCUACAAAAGAAUCAAAAUCCAAAUCCACAACUAAACUUACACCAAGUUCAAAAAAACCAGUGGCUCCUUCGUCGUCUAGAUCUACUAGUCGAAUGGGUGGACCAAUAACACCUCCUAGUACUAGAGUGACAAAGACGCAAUAUUACCCCAGCAAAAACUUGUAUUCGCAAGCCCUAAAUCACAAAGAAAACUUGAUCAAAACCAUAGAUCCGAGCGAAAGCAAAGUAUCAAAGAAAGUUGAGAAUUCUAAACAAAAACCAGAAGAGAAAACGAAAAGGAAAAAAGUGGAAGAAGAACCAAUGUCCCCAGACAGUAGUUCUAUGUCUGAACGCCCCAGAACUGCAACGUUGAGGAAGGGCAGCAUAGUAAACGCUAACAUCGUCGGCCCAGACGCACCCAAGUUAAAACUCUCGAAAGAAAUUAAACCUGCUAUCAGGGUAACUCCCAAACCGGAAGAAUAUAAUUACGAAGAUGAUUUUGAAUCCUACGAAUCUGAUUUUGAGGCCUACUCGUCGAGUUCACCGAAUUCUUCCGUGGGGGAUAUCAAUUUAAUGAGUGACAGCGAAACGAGUACGAGUAGCAUCUCGGACAAUACUUUAAACCGACCUACGGAGUUAAGAUCUGCGGGAAAAAGAGGAAGUUCCGCAGGAAAUGAUGACGAAAGGAAGCUGGAUUCGGGUACUUUUGACCUGCCGGACUACCGACACAAGCAAUUAUUGGACAAUAUAAAAGAGACGAUAGAAAAAGAGAAUGCGGAACUACUAGAAAAGCAAAUAAACCCUGCGUCUUUGUCGGAUGAAGGUUUCGAGGACGCAAAAUCCUUACAAUUUAUCAAUUUCGUUGGAGCUCAGGAAAAAUUCAAGCGCCGGAAAUCCGCCGAAGUCAGAAGAAGACGCGGCUUAGAAAUAUUGAGCAUGAUCAAAAUGGACACGUAUGAUUUUACUUUGUUCAAUUUCGAACCAGUGCCUUACGAGAAAUUCAUCCAAACUUACGGAAAAAGUAAUUCGGUACAGACAUCCAUACAGACUGGUGAGGAUGACGUGUCCGAAGAAGUUCAGACUGACCCGAUCAAUACCGUUUGCACGUGGACGCAAUACCCCGUGGUGUUUUCAAGGAGAAACAGUUCCGAUACGAAUUUUUGGAAAAUUUACAGAUCGGAGUAUCUUGGCGUUGGAUACGAUGAUGUUUCUAUUAUGUCAGAUGAAACUAAACCUGUUAAUGAAGAGAAAUUGGAGAAAUUUAUUUCAUCUGCGGGCAAUUUAAUGCUGAGACUCUUGGACGAAUCUGUGGAAAAUAGAUUAUACAAUAUUAAGUCCAAUCAGAAAGAAAUACCAUUCAGUCAAGGUUUUAUUCUGUUGAAUGCAAACUCGGAUAUUUACAAGAAGAGUACAGUUAAAAAUGCUGCCUUUUGCUCUGAGAGUAACAUUUUCCUGACAGUUCAUGUUAACGAUUGUGAAGACGAGUUUAGAAGUAUGGUGUCAGUUUGGGAUAUUUCCAGUUCUCAAGAUCCUAAAUUCUUCCUCAUUUCGUUUGGGGAAAUCACAUGUUGUACCUUUGGAUUUCAAAAUUCAGAUUUAAUUUUUGCAGGAGUGAAUGACGGGAGUAUAUUAAUAUGGGAUUUAAAAUACUUGAACAAUAAAGACAAUAUAAUUAAAUGUCCCAAUUUUUCUACAGAUAUUGACUUAGGUCACAGCAGUUCAGUUAUUGGUAUUGAAUCAAUAACAAAUACUUUAGAAUUGGUGUUGAAUAUUAAUAGCCCGGAUGAAUCACAGAUUUGUAGUUUGGACGAAGACGGUGAAAUAAUUCUAUGGAAUGUUGUAUCAAAAUUUGACGAUCCCAAACGAAUAAUUCUAAUUAAGAACUUUACAAUAUCUUUGAGGAAUGUUUAUCCCAAAUUGAUCGAUUUAAAAUGCACUGAUUUUAUUGUGGACAAGAAAACAAUAAAUAAUAUUUAUGUAUCCACAAACUAUGGUGACAUCAUUAAGUACCAGCUUAAUAACUCAAAAAGUAUUUCAAAAUUAUAUUCUGUUGAUAAUGCAUCUGAAGCAAACUGUAUGGAAGCCUGUCCGUUUUCUCCAAAUUAUUUUCUAACGGGAUACAGUUCUGGAAAUAUUCACCUGUAUUCAGAAAUGGUGGAUAGACCUUUAAACGUAUUGUCGAAUAGCGAAAAUUGUGUAGGAAAAACAAGCAUACAAUUGUUACAAUGGUCGAGAUGUAGACCAUUUAUUAUUUAUACCAAAGAUUCAAGCAAUGUGAUACACAUCUGGGAUUUAACACAAAGUGAUAUUUUCCCUGUUUAUUCAGUGCCUUUUGAAAAACCUAUUACUUGUAUGAAAUUAUCACCAGUGAUUAAAGAUGACUUAACUUCACAAGAAAAAUCGUUUAUGCUUUUGGGUACUGAAGGUGGAUUGAUAUAUUUACAUAUUCUAAACGCCGAACAUGGUUCUCAGGUUGUUGAAUUUUAUCAGAAGGAUGUUAAAACUUUUUUAAACUAUGCCAGUAGGUUGUAAUAAACAAAAAUAAAUAAUA